CCCUUGGGGGCUUUCCAUGCAGUGCAGUCAGCUAGCAAGGACCCCGCGCAGGCUACCGCAUGUGCCACGUGACAGCAUCGGGUGACGGCUGCUUUUCGGCUGCGGGAAAAUCGCUCUGUGGCGUGCGGGUAGCAGCCGGUUUCGUGCGGGCGUGAUGGGCCGCAGGCAGCGCAACCGCCAAAGGCAGCAGCAGCGUCGCGAGCGGGGAGGCGGCGGGGAUGGGCAGGGCCGGGAGCAGGCGGGCUGGGAAGGCGGCUACCCCGAAAUCGUCAAGGAGAAUGCGCUGUUUGAGCGCUAUUACCGGGAGCUGCGGAUCGUGCCCGAGGGCGAGUGGGAGCCGUUCAUGGCGGCGCUGAGGGAGCCGCUCCCCGCCACCCUGCGCAUCACCGGCUACAAGAGCCAUGCAAAAGAAAUUUUGCAGUGCUUGAAGAACAAGUAUUUCAAGGAGUUGCAGGACCUGGUAGUUGAUGGGCAAAAAAUUGAAGUGCCACAACCACUAAAGUGGUAUCCAGAAGAGCUAGCAUGGCACACUAACUUGAGCAGAAAAAUCUUGCGGAAGUCACCACAGCUGGAAAAGUUCCAUCAGUUUCUGGUUAGCGAGACGGAAUGUGGAAACAUUAGUCGUCAAGAAGCUGUCAGUAUGAUCCCUCCAUUGCUGCUUAAUGUUAAUCCUCACCAUAAGAUUCUAGAUAUGUGUGCUGCACCGGGGUCUAAGACUGCACAGCUCAUUGAAAUGCUGCAUGCAGACAUGAAUGUUCCUUUUCCAGAGGGAUUUGUAAUUGCUAAUGAUGUUGACAACAAGCGCUGCUAUUUGCUGGUUCAUCAGGCUAAGAGGUUAAACAGUCCUUGCAUCAUGGUGGUAAAUCAUGACGCUUCCAGCAUCCCUACUCUACAAAUAGACAAUAAUGGAAGAAAAGAGGUCCUCUUCUAUGAUAGGAUUUUAUGUGAUGUUCCCUGCAGUGGAGAUGGAACCAUGAGAAAAAACAUUGAUGUGUGGAAAAAAUGGACAACACAAAAUAGCUUACAGCUACAUGGAUUGCAGUUAAGGAUUGCAACCCGUGGUGUAGAACAACUGGCAGAAGGAGGUAGGAUGGUCUAUUCAACAUGUUCACUGAAUCCUGUUGAAAAUGAAGCUGUGAUUGCAUCCUUGCUGGAAAAAAGUGAAGGUGCCUUAGAACUUGCUGAUGUCUCUUCUGAGUUGCCAGGCUUGAAGUGGAUGCCAGGGAUUACACAGUGGAAGGUAAUGCUAAAAGAUGGACAGUGGUUUGAAGCCUGGAAGGACGUACCUUCUAACAGGCAGACCCAAAUUCGGCCCACCAUGUUCCCAAUAAAAGAUGAAGAAAAACUAAAAGUAAUGAACCUGGAACGUUGCAUUAGAAUAUUGCCACAUCACCAGAAUACUGGAGGUUUCUUUGUAGCUGUAUUAAUAAAAAAAUCGCCAAUGCCAUGGAAUAAACGCCAAUCUAAGCUUCAGCGCAAGUUAUCACAGAGAACAGGAGACAUUUCAGAGAGUGUAGCUGCUGCGGAAGAUGGCUCAGUAGAGAUUAUUGAAGAACCACCAGAUGCUGAGGAUAAAGAGAGUAAGGAAACUCAACACUUGCUGAAUGCAGAAAGUGAGCAAAGCAAGAAAGAUGGAGUGUGUGGACCACCACCAUGUAAGAAAAUGAAGCUGUUUGGAUUUAAAGAAGAUCCAUUUGUGUUCCUGUCUGAAGACGAUCCAUUGUUUCCACCCAUCCAGAAGUUUUAUGCAUUGGAUCCUUCAUUCCCCAAGAUGAAUUUACUAACACGAACUCAAGAAGGAAAAAAGAGGCAGCUAUACAUGGUUUCUAAGGAGCUAAGAAAUGUAUUGCUGAACAACAGUGAGAGAAUGAAGGUUAUUAACACUGGGAUAAAAGUCUGGUCUCGCAACAGUGAUGGUGAACAGUUCGGCUGUGCCUUCAGACUUGCACAAGAGGGAAUAUAUACACUGUACCCAUUCAUUAAUGCAAGGAUCAUAAAUGUGUGCAUAGAAGAUGUUAAAGUGCUGUUAACUCAAGAGAAUCCAUUCUUAAGUAAAUUUAGCAGUGAAACACACAAACGGGUCAAAGACUUGGCAAUGGGGAGCAUUGUCCUGAAGUAUGAACCCGAUCUCAGCAAACCUGAUACCCUUCAGUGCCCUAUUGUUCUGUGUGGCUGGCAUGGAAAGACCUCGCUUCGUGCCUUUGUGCCCAAGAAUGAGAGACUUCAUUACCUGAGGAUGAUGGGAGUUGAAGUGUUUAAAGCAAAGAGGAAAGAGGAGAAUUUUGAAAGUAAAACAGAGGAAGGAGAUCAGGACAGCACAAAGCACAUGGAGGAAGAGAUGGAUAAGGAACACAAUGAAUUGGCCGCAAAAAUGGAGGCAGAAGUGGACGAAGAACCUAUUCAUGAGCUUAUGGAAAGCAGUGUUAUAGAACCAGAGAAUAAAAUGGAAGAUGCCCAGCCUUCCAGUGAAAAUGCUGAAAAUAGAGACGUUGCUGACCUUAGUAGUGUGAAAGCUUGAGUUUUCACUGUCUGUCAUUUUGGUGUUACUUUUAUGAGAUGUAAUCUAGACUUUUGUCUUCAGUAUGUAAAUACCCUUUUAAAACUGCUUCAGUUUCUUGGGGGAGGUUGAAAUGUUGUCAUGAGGUAUUCUUUUUACAGAAGUUCCUUCCUGUUUUAUUUUUUAAAUAAAAAAAAAUCUUCCCCUAAGCGUCUUUCUUAUUCUUCCCAUUUAACUCCAUAGCAUUGGUAACAUGGUAUGUCUGUUGCCGGCGGUGGACUAUACACCUGUGUAUAGAGAUUGAUUUUUCAAAUAUGAAUUGUUUAUUUAAUCUGUAAAUCCUGGCUGAGUUUGUCUUGAUAGGAUCAUUUUUGAAAGAAGAUCAAUAGGUUUUCAUGCAAAAUGCAUGAGGGUUUCAGGGAAACAUAAUUACAGGAGAAGUAAUUUUCCUCUAUAGUAAAUGAUGCUAAAUAGGCUGUUGUAAAGUAUAAAACAUAUUGGGCUGAUGUACCAACUAGUACAAUUACCAGAAAAAUUACUCUUGUUACUGAGUAAAUUCAAAGUUAUAAACAAGAUACAAGCCCCUGAAUAGGAAAUACUCAAUGUACAGAUAUAUAUGUUCUGUAUGUGUAAAAGUCCUAGAUGGAAAGGCAGUUUCCCAAGUUUGAGAGACAGUUAAUGUCUGUGUAACAUUUCCAGCUCUUGUUGGGUGAACAUGCAGUAGCAAUGUCCAGGAACGCUAUUGGUCAUGUGCCUGGCUGGGAAACUGCAGCCAUCUCUUCCUGAUGCCUACCAUGCUUUUGUAAUCCAUGCCUUUGUCACUUCAAGACUGGACUGCUGCAUUGCACUCUAUCUGGGCACUAUACCUUAUGUGUACCUGGAAACAAGCUGCCACAGAAGGCAGCCCUAGGUAAGCAGUGCUUCCUAGCUGGAGCACAUGACACCGGUGUUCCAAAAUCUGUGUUGGUUGCCCUACUGGGUAAUUAUGGGUGGAAUUUAAAGUGUUGGGUUUGAUACACAAAGUACUAAAUGGCUCAGAGCCACUUUUACCAAUUCAGUGAUACCCCACAGCUAUGACUAACUGAUCCAUAAUCUCAAUUAUCAGACUAACGGUCUCUAUUUCAGUUUUGUACAAUUUCAUAAAGAAAGUCUGAUCUUCUGACGUGUUAAAGAAUAGAAAAGAAAAAACAAAGUGGGUGAGGUAAUGCCUUUUAUUGGACCACCUUCUGUUGGU